AUGGGAUCCUCCCCGAUGGUUUUAGACCCAAAACCCGUCUCAGAACCGCCACCUUCCCUUCUAUCAUCAAAAUCCGAUUACAUUUACGGCGGCGACUCAGCCUCCGAUGAAGAUGACCUCUACAGCCGCCUCAAAUCUCUGCAGCGGCAACUAGAGUUCAUCGACAUCCAAGAGGAGUAUGUAAAAGAUGAACAGAAGAAUCUAAAGCGCGAGCUUCUUAGGGCUCAGGAAGAAGUUAAGAGGAUUCAAUCUGUUCCACUCGUUAUCGGUCAGUUCAUGGAGAUGGUUGAUCAGAACAACGGUAUUGUUGGAUCAACUACUGGAUCCAACUACUAUGUGAGGAUUCUCAGUACUAUCAACCGUGAGCUUCUCAAGCCUUCUGCUUCGGUUGCUCUUCACCGACAUUCCAAUGCACUUGUUGAUGUUCUUCCGCCGGAGGCUGAUUCUAGUAUCUCGCUCCUUAGCCAGUCUGAGAAGCCUGAUGUCUCUUACAAUGAUAUUGGAGGAUGUGAUAUCCAAAAGCAGGAAAUUCGCGAGGCUGUGGAGUUACCUCUCACACAUCACGAUUUAUACAAGCAAAUUGGUAUUGAUCCUCCUCGAGGUGUUUUACUAUAUGGCCCCCCUGGAACUGGUAAAACAAUGCUUGCCAAAGCUGUUGCUAAUCAUACCACUGCCGCCUUUAUCAGGGUUGUGGGCUCUGAGUUUGUGCAGAAGUAUCUUGGUGAGGGUCCAAGAAUGGUUCGUGAUGUAUUUCGUCUCGCAAAAGAAAAUGCCCCUGCAAUUAUAUUUAUUGAUGAGGUUGAUGCAAUAGCUACUGCUAGGUUUGAUGCCCAAACUGGAGCUGAUAGAGAAGUACAACGUAUCCUCAUGGAACUUUUGAAUCAGAUGGAUGGUUUUGACCAGACAGUGAAUGUCAAAGUCAUAAUGGCAACCAAUCGAGCAGACACUUUGGAUCCCGCCCUCUUGCGUCCUGGAAGACUUGAUCGGAAAAUCGAGUUCCCCUUGCCCGAUAGACGCCAAAAGAGGCUUGUAUUUCAGGUUUGCACAGCAAAAAUGAAUCUGAGUGAUGAGGUGGACCUGGAGGAUUAUGUUUCCCGUCCUGACAAAAUUAGUGCUGCCGAGAUAUCUGCUAUUUGCCAAGAAGCGGGAAUGCAUGCUGUUCGUAAGAAUAGAUAUGUCAUACUGCCAAAGGACUUCGAGAAGGGUUAUAGGACCAACGUGAAGAAACCUGAUACCGACUUUGAAUUUUACAAGUGA